AAAAACUUGAGGGAGGUUUCAGCCAUUUGUCCUAGUGGCACGAAACGGACCAAACGGUUUGCGCAACUUCCUUGUGUUUCGUCUCGGCUACCAGCUCCCUCCACUUGCAUGAAAAGUGAAAAUUCCUCGUUUAGUCGGGCAGCGGGCUUCGCCGCGAGUGGCUCAUCCAUGGAGGAUAUUUGCGAGGGUUCUUCUUCCUUUUCAUCCAAAAUCAUGAACGAGAAGCCCGUGAUUGUUAGAGUCAAGAGAAAGUCCUCUCAAUCGCGGCUCGAUGCUUUCUGGCUGGAAAUCAAUGAGAGGCCACUCAAGAAACCGUUGCUGGAUUUUGGAAAGUUGUCGAUCUCUGAUUCAACUGGAAAAGAGGAAUUGAAGACGAAAAAGGUUUUUGUACAACACCUGGAUACUGUAACAAGUUCUGAGGCUACAAUUGAUAUUUUACAGUCUUUUGUGCCUAAUGCUUCAGAUGCAUCUGAAUUAAGGACGAAGCUUGAGGAACGAAGACACACUUUUAAACAAGAUAACAAGCAAAAUCAACUAUUGUCCAAGGCAAGGCAAAAACAUGAGGUUCUGUCAAAAAAUGCUCGAUUUGAACAGAUAUGGAAGAGACGGAAGGGGAGGAAGGAUACCAUGCCUGAUGAUUCAUUAAAUGAAAUAUGUCAUCUUUAUGAUGUUGUGUGUGUUGACGUAGAAGAGGAAAUUUCAAGUGAGGUGGAAGAGCAAAAAUGCAGCGAAACCUCUUUGGAGGAUAAUGCCAUUUUGUUAAAUUAUUUGCCACUACUAAGAGAGUUUGUUCCAAGUGCUGCUGCAGAGAUUGAAUCUGAUAUUUCUGCUUACAAAUCAGAACAAGAUUUGAAGGAUGACUAUGUGUACGACUUGUACAUGAUGAAGGAUGGAUUGAGCUAUGAAGAAUGUGAUUCAAACUCAUAUCCUCUAGUGCAAGUUGACGAUGAGGAUGAUUUCUAUGGUGGCCCAAUUCAGUCAGAGUUUGAAAGUGAUGAUUCAAACGCUGAAGAUAAUCCAUUGAAUGAUUAUCCCGAUGAGGAGACAUCUGAAGAUGAACCUCAGAUCAGUUCUCAUGAUGAAUCACAAGAAAAUGGAAGAGCUUUUGAUGGUGAUUCUGAAGAAGUUGAGGAUGAAACAUACUACAACCAUUCAGAUAUAGAUUCGUUAUACACUGAGGAAGAGGUUUGUGUUGAUGAUGGUGAAGACUGGAGAUGGAAGUAUCGCUGAGAUUCAUUCUAUAGGAUUGGUAUUUUUCACGUAUAUACAAAGAUCACUUUUCAACCCUUUUUGUCUGAGCAUCUUUUCCGCCCUAGUAAUCUGAAAAAAAUUGUCAUGAAACGAUUCAGUGUUAGGUUCUCUAAAUAUUGCACUGAACCCACCUUAGCAAUCAAUGUGUUGUAUGGAACCUGCUGAGCUGAUGUCUAAAUAUGUAACCAACUAACCAUACAUAGUGACUUAUUUUCCCUUAAAGGGUUAAAAGGUAAAUUAUAAUGGUAUAUUGCAGAUUUGCAGUUCUUUGCUACCA